AUGGCACGUCCUAUUCUUGUAAAGAUCAACAAAAAUAAAGAUAAGAAGAAAAACCCAGGCCAGAUAUUUGAACGACAGAACGAUGUUGCGUCACUUGAUGAAGAGGAAGACGUUAACAACGAAUAUGUGGUUAAAAAAUUGUCUUCCUUCCGCCAUGGAUCGGGGACAAUCCCGACCCUCUGUCCUUCAUCCGAGGAUUGCUGGAUUCAUAAAUAUGGGUCUAAAUACAAUGAAUUAAUGACAUCGGACGGCUACGUAAUUCGAUCAUCGAAUUUUGGAUUCUUGGUUAACCAUAUGACGCCCGCAGGAAACGGAGAAGUAUUGAUGUCCGAUUAUUAUAAUAUGAAAUUAAACAUGUUGACCAAAUCGGGCGAAAUCAUAGAAAUUGCUGAAACUAAUCCUCUUCAUCCUUUUGGUGUUUGUGUAACCGUGGAUGACGAUUUUAUCGUCUGCUUGGUGGACAGCGACGAUUGCAUCACGUCAGGAAAGAGCGUGCGAGUCCUUGCAAGAUUUAAUCGAAAUGGAGAAAAAAUUCAGGAAAUAAACAAUUCCAAAGAAAGCCGAUUAUUCACGAAGCCAUACAGAGUGAGAGAAAAUAGGAAUCUUGACAUCCUGGUCAUAGACUGGACUUCAGACAGGACGAGCCGGCUAAUGGUCAUAAAUAAAACUGGUCAGCUAAAAUGUAUUUGCAGAGGUAGGUCAAGAAAAUUUGGUGAGAUGCCGUUCACUCCGAGUGAUGUUUGCUGCAACUCCGAGUCCUUUGUUUUAGUGAGUGAUCUAACGGGACAUGCUGUCCAGCUACUGAAUCCGGAAUAUCAAUUUGUGCAGAAUAUCCUGGCGCCAAAAGACGGGGUAGAAUAUCCGCUUGCGUUGUCCUUGACCCACGACAAUCUGUGGGUGGGGUCGGGAAAUGGUUUGGUUUCAGUAUUGCAGUUGACCAAAAAGAAGCACCCAGAAGCAAAUGGACACAUUGCGGUUGAGUCAAAGAAAUGCAGAUUUUGUAUAAUAUGUUAG